CUUCUGGUGAAUUUAAAUUGAUAUAUCCUACAGAUGGGAUGCUUUUCCUGAGGAGCUUCAGUCGUCUGACUCAUCCUUAAGAGACACUUGAGCACUUUCAGAGUUUGAUAAAAGAGUCUCGAGAUUUGCUGUAGACUUGUAAUGCACUUACUCUUGCACACGAGCUGUUUCUAUGCCUUGUUCUGACAGGAUUGAUUGUGUUAAAAAGUUCUGAACAAAUCUAUCUGUUCAUCUUUACAAGACAAUUUGAUAGACACACAAGUACUUACUUUAAGAUUAUUAAGCUUUGAAAUAAAAGUAUUAUGUUCCUCUGAAUCUAAUUUCUUCACCAAAUAUGUUUCUAAAUAUGUCAACACAAUCCGAAGUAUUGGAUUUCGAUCCCCUUUCAAAGAAGCCAUAGCGUGACUGUGUUAGACCACGUCAUUUUCAGACAGUCAUAUCCUUUCCUUGACAAAAGUACCAAACUUUUCUGGUUAGCGCAGCAGGAUGAAGCACUCGCAAGGUUUUCAGAUGUGGCACAAAGAGAGCCCCCACAUGGAGGAAUUAGUGUUUACUAAAAACAUGGAGAAGCAUAGCACAUGUUCUUUGUGAAACGUUGGUUUCAUUAUUAUUAAUUUCCUCUGGUUUAUAUUUUAUUUCUUCAGUGACCAUCUGAAAGUAUACCAUUGAGUUAUGACCGCAGAACAUGAUGUGCUUUUUAAAAAGCCUAACCAGCAUGCAUAGAUACCCUCAGUGGUUCAUUUAUCCAAUUUUCCAUUAAAGAUUUUUGUUUUGUCCAUAAACACAAUGUCAUUACUACAAAGCAUUCUCACCAUGCUGGUAGAAACAAUUGCAUUUCUCGGCGAUGCCGUCUGUACCUGGAAUGUUGCAGCACCGGCUCAGAACAGGAUUUAACAGUAACCGCUUCUCAAACCCGACAUACAGAAGUGCUUUCACUCAGUACCUGUAGACAUGUCUCAAAGCAAACCUGAGGAGCGUCUAGCUUUGGAGUUGAGCUGUGCGAUCUGUUUGCAGUUGUACCGUGAUCCCGUGGCCCUUCCUUGUGGACACAAUUAUUGCUUGGGUUGUAUACGAAAUGCUGCCAGCGCAGAAGAUCCCAAGUCCCCAAAACGGUGCCCGGAAUGCAGGGAAGAGUACGGCAGCCCUGAGGCGCUUCCCAAGAACUUCAAGCUCAGCAGUAUCGUGGACGGGUUCCUGGUGGCCACGACCAGCGGUGGACUGAAAGGAGGCCCAAUGGUGCCAUGUGACCAGUGCCUGGAUGACCCUGUAGCUGCGGUGAAAUUCUGUACACGCUGUGAAAUGUCACUCUGCCCCGGCCAUCUAAAAAAACACGAGGAACGGCACCGCUCGCUGCACGUCUUAGUGGAGCCGUCUGCAGAACGGGAUGGGAAGAGGUGCCCGGUGCACUUGAAGGUCACGGAGUACCUGUGUGCGCAGGAGCGCCUGUUCCUCUGCUCCGAGUGCCUGAUGGAGGGCACUCACCAGCACCACGAGGUGCAGACGUUCGAGGUGGCGAAGGAGGAAAUGAAGAGAGUUCUUGAGGAACUGGGGAAGUCUGUGUCUGACAAGCUACAGAUUACAGAAGCUCUGGUGAAAAGUGCCAGUGAAGGUCCUACGGACAAGGCCGAAGAUAAACUGGUAGCCAGAGCAAACAUACUGCUGGACAACAUGACUUCGCUUAUAAGUUCAUACAAGAGUCGUAUGAGCACUGAGAUGAACGACAAGCUUCAUUCUCGGGACAAAAGCUGGCAGGCCAGUCUAUGCGACUUGGAGGGUUGUCUACACCAGCUGCAGGAAGCCCAAAAGUGCACCGGUGAGGUUCUCUCUCAGUCCUCAGAGUUUCUCUUCAUCCAGAACUACCUCAACGUCGAAGCAAGGAUCCGCCAGGCUGCUAACGUCACCAUCCCUGCUCUACCUUCACAAGAGUCUUCCAAUGCCAAGCAUCUGCGCUCAAACCUACGUACAGACGCCUUCCAUGCUGAGAUGAGUCUUCUGUUGGAGUACCUCCAUGGCUUGAUGAACCCUCUAGACCUGACCUUCAACCCAGCCACGGCCCAUCCUAGCCUUCUGCUGUCCAGCGAUCUCAAAACAGUCAAGCAGUGUGCCGGAGUUAAGAGCAGCACCAAUGGAGAUCAGAGCGAACGCUUCUCCACGGCCACUCAGGUCAUGUGCACCCAGAGUUUCUCCACAGGAGUUCACAUGUGGGCAGUGGAGGUAGGUCCUGGAUGUAUGUGGUCUCUGGGCCUGUGCUAUAAAAGCAUCCCACGCAAAGGUGACCACAGCAGGCUGGGGCAUAACACCAGUUCCUGGAGGUUGCAGUGGAAAAGCAAGAAGAUGACGGCGUGCUACGACUCGGCUAAUGUGGCUGUAGGUGAAGGGCUGGUCAUGCCGCCAAAGAAGGUCGAAGUGACCCUGGAUUACGAAGGAGGAACUAUUGCAUUCCACAGCUCAGGAAAUGGAGGGCGAAGACAACACCUUCAUACAUUUAGUGCCGUGUUCAAGGACACAGUAUAUCCUGCGUUCGCAAUCCACUCUACUUCAGAGGAGUCAUGGAUAACUCUUCUGAGUGGAGCUUGACUGACACCAGCAUGCUUUCAUUUUCACUCUUGGAUCAUUCUCUUUGUCCUUUUUUAAUUCUUUAUGCUUUAUUAUGCCUAAUCAUCUGCACUUGUAAAGAAACACCCAGACACAGUCAUGCCAUGCACAUUUUAUUUACUAAAGAAAAAAUCUUGUAACAACUUAAUGCAACAGUUCUUGAUGCAUAGUAAAAAUUUUGGUGUGAUAUUAAAGUCUUCAUUUAACAAGUUCAAUAAAUACCAACAAUUUGUACAAUAAUCAAUAAAUGUAGUUACUAAUACAAUGGGAAAUGGCUUGAAAAUUCAAGAGGACAAAUAUGUGUCGCCUCAGUUUCAAUAGGCAUGAUGCUUCUGGAAGUCAUAAAUACCAGAGCAAAGCCACUGCAAUUACAAAUUGACUUCUUUUAAACUGUGAAUGAAAUGUUUGCGCAACACCUACAAGUAUCGGCAUACACCUAAAAAUAGGAGAAUCUGAAUGGGUUUUGUUUAAAUGUUACUUAAAGUCUAGUUUCCUUGGCCCUAAAUAAGAUGAGUCUUUUAAGAAAGUAAUCUGUACAUAGUGCGUUCUAUCCAGAGGUCAGAUCUUUCUGUCUCUGGGAAACAAUCAAAUUCAGACGCUCUUCAGAGCAUGAACGUUAUCAGUGCUUUUGAGGUAUGUCAUAAGAGUUUUGCAUGUAGUUUCACUUUAAAAAAUGGAAAUGCCAGCAAAAGUUACAGUAAAAGACUGCAAACUGCAUGCACAUGAUGAUUACAUUAACACACAUGCUAACAAACAACAUCCUUCAGGGGCAUAUGUGCAGUUUUGCCGAUUAUAUUAGGUUGUA